AUGGCGGGUGGUGUCGCUCUCUCUGGAGAUCAUAAGAUUUACUUAGCAGAGGCAUCACUCAUUUACGAGCCAAAGCUGGAGACGCAGGUCAAGGACAAAUUUAAGGUGGCACGCAGCAUGAAGGAUUCAAGGAACUCACAGAUCCGGUCCAUCGCCCGAGAAGCAAUUCCUCCUGCUGGGUUCGACGAAUCGCCCUUCAGGAACGCAACCGCAGACACCCCCAAGGGCUUCUCACGGAUCAUGUUCAAAAAGGAAUCCAUGGCCCAACGCGCCCAGGAUAAACGUCAGCACUCCUCCUCUGAAGAUCUCGGCCUCACCGCCAAAGAGAAAAAGGCUGCCGCCGCUGCUGCCGCUGCCGCCAACAACACUGCCAAUAAGAAUAACAAGGACGGAACGGGCAAGGGUUAUGGAAAACAGGAGACGUCCGAGUUGCGGAUUCAGCCUGGAGAGAGGAUGGGCGAUUUCUCCCGGCGUGUGGAUGAUCAUAUGCGGGAGAAGAUGAUGAAGGCUACCAGGGAUAAUACUUCCAGCGGCAGCAAGAAGAAGAAGUACUUUGAAAAACUGAAAGCAAAGGAGCAGUCCAAGAAACUCAAAGCCCAAGAAGAAAAGGCCUACGAAGAAUACGAGACCAUCAAGGACAGCAUCCGUCUCAACGAAGUUGCCGAAGCACCCCCCACCUUCACCGCACUCCCCAAGAAGCGCAAAAACGACGACUUUAUGGCCAACAAGAAAUGGAAGAACGCUCCCGGAGAGGAAGACUUUGAAGACCAGAUUGCGGACCUGGACCAGACCAAGAAACGGAAACUGAUGGAGGCUGGCAAGGGAGAGGAAGAUAAAGACAAACGGACGAGUGUGGUGGAGAAUGGAAUCAAGAAGUCGAGGUUGAAGAAUUUGACGCCUGCGGGGAGACGUAUUAUUGAGGAGGAGCGGAAGCAGGCGAUUGAGAAUUAUCGGUUGAUGAAGGCCAGGAAGGAGUUGGAUCGGGGUGGGAGGUCGGCGAAGGGAAUGGAUGAGGACGCUGCUGCUGAUGAUGCCGAGGCUGCUGCUGCUGGAUAUUAA